AUGUCUUCUCCGCUUACCGUGCGGAAUCUGACUCCAACCGCUAUCUCUCUGCUGCGUGUUGAGCGGUUUGAAGAUCCAAACACACUACAAUCAAAAUCCCAUGGAUACUUUUUGAGUCCUAAGAGUACUACGCCUGCAACACCUACAUCGCCAGAGCUCAGUGGACAUGCCCAGAGCUUCAAUCACCAAGACCUUCAAGUUACGUUGCAACCUUUUGAAUCCUAUACGCUCAGGUUCCCCAACCAAACUCAGCCUAGCAAUGCAGCUACACUGUCGAGCCCAGUGCACCGUAUUACGAUUCAAACAGCCAAAGCUGAACGCUAUCGCAUCGACUCGAAUCCUUCAUACACGCAAAAGUCGACACAAGCCUUUACUGCACUCUCUGCAAACCCCUCUGCAAACUACAAUGCCAUCUUCCACCCUUCUAAGCCAAUUCCUCACCUGGCAAUCCAAAGCAACCAUAUUGCUAGUUAUGCAUCAUGGAUGUCCACACUCCCAGACAAUCUCCCUCUCUCAGCAAUCAGUAUACCAGGAACACACAAUUCACACACGCACUACCGCGCACUACCAUCCGUCAGAUGUCAAGUCCACGACAUAAAAACCCAACUGGAAAACGGAAUCCGCUUCCUCGAUAUCCGCGUACAACCCAUCCACUCAACCGACACCUCCAAAAAAGAACUCUACCUUGUCCACGGCGCCUUCCCCAUCAGCCUAACCGGCCCCAAAUACCUCGCCCCCAUCCUCCAAACAUGCUACAACUUCCUCGCCGCCCACCCCAGUGAAACCCUCCUCGUUAGCCUAAAAAGAGAAGGCGUAGGCAGCGCAACGGACGAACACCUCGCCGCUGUGCUGCAAAAACACUACAUAGCACCCAAUUCCUCGCGCUGGUACACCGAAAACAAAACCCCCUACCUCGGUUCCGUCCGUGGAAAACUCAUCUUACUCCGCCGCUACACCAUCUCCUUACCCUCUCCUAACAGCGACGCCGAUGAAAAAGGCGGCCUCGACGCAACAGCCUGGCCCCACAACUCCACUCACGCCGUCUUUCCCUCCUCCUCCUCCUCUUCUUCUUCCUCCGCAUCUCCAACACAAACUUCCUUCUGCCUCCAAGACUACUGCGAAGUCCUCGUCCCUUCCUUGAUCCCUACAAAGCUAGCUCAUUGUACCGAGCACCUCGCUCGCACGGCGGCAGUUACGCAUCCGAUACCGGGGCUGACGACGGACGCAAAGCAUCCUGUUCCGCCGGCGCCGCUGCAUUUGAAUUUUCUUAGUGCGAGUAAUUUUUGGAAGAGGGCGUGUUGGCCGAGUGCUAUUGCGAAGGUGGUGAAUGAGGGGGUGGAGAAGGGGAUGUGUGCGGGGCAUUAUUUACAGAAUGUGGGCUCUGGGGGGGAGGAGGAGGAAGAAGAAGAAGAAAUGGGAGGGGUGGUUAGAAAGAGGGCGGAGAGUGGGGAUGGAAGUACAGGAGUAGUAAUUAUGGAUUGCGUGGGAGAAAAUGGAGAUUGGGAUUUAGUUCGGUUAGUGGUUGGGAUGAAUAUGGGUGUUUUACUUCGAUAUCCUUCUGUAGCUUGA